AUGCAAUUCAAUCUUUCCACAAUCUGCCUUGCGGCCGCCACCCUCUUCGCCUCGCACACACUCGCAGCUCCAGCUCCCGCACCGGUCCCGAACCCAGUCCUCAUCGGCGGACCCAGCGGUCACGAUGCAGGCAACUCUGUCUGCUUCAAGAACUACAUCUACGGCGCUGCAUCAUGUCCCGGCCGAGCAUACGAGGACGGGACAUGCUGCAUCUCAGACGAGAUCGAAUUCAAAAUACCAGAGUCCAAAGCGGUUGCGGAACCCGCAUCCACGCGCGACGGUGCCGGUGAUGGUGACGCCGAGUGA